CGCUGGCUUCCCCGCCGCCGCUCUCGGGCCUCGGCCGGGUCUCGCGUGCCUUGUUCUCAAAGAGGGCCUCGCGCCGGGCGGCGCGCGCCGUCCCCCUGCCUCGCGGCGCGGGGUCUCGCGGGCCCCGCUCCCGCCCUCCGCUCGCCUGGCCCGGACCGGAAGCGGCGCCGCACGGCCUGGGCCUGGCGCGGGGGGCGGGCACCGGGGCCCGGUCGGAGAUGGGCAAGAAGCACAAGAAGCACAAGUCGGACAAACACCUCUACGAGGAAUAUGUGGAGAAACCUCUGAAGCUGGUCCUCAAAGUGGGAGGGAACGAAGUCACCGAGCUCUCCACCGGUAGCUCCGGGCACGACUCCAGCCUCUUCGAAGACAAAAGUGAUCAUGACAAACACAAGGACAGGAAGCGGAAAAAGAGGAAGAAGGGAGAGAAACAGGUUCCCGGGGAAGAGAAGGGAAGCAAACGGAGACGGGUCAAGGAAGAUAAAAAGAAGCGAGAUCGAGAUCGUGUGGAGACUGAGGUGGAGAAAGACCUCCAGUGCCACACCCCUGGGAGGUUAGAGCUGCCGCCUGAGAAGCCGCUCGUGAGCUCCUUAGCCAAGCAGGAAGAAGUAGAACAGACACCUCUUCAAGAAGCUUUGAAUCAACUGAUGAGACAAUUGCAGAGAAAAGACCCAAGUGCUUUCUUUUCAUUUCCUGUGACUGAUUUUAUUGCUCCCGGCUACUCCAUGAUCAUUAAACACCCCAUGGAUUUUAGUACAAUGAAAGAAAAGAUCAAGAACAAUGACUACCAGUCCAUAGAAGAACUGAAGGAUAACUUCAAACUGAUGUGUACUAAUGCCAUGAUUUAUAACAAGCCAGAGACCAUUUAUUAUAAAGCUGCAAAGAAGCUAUUACACUCAGGGAUGAAAAUUCUUAGUCAGGAAAGAAUUCAAAGUCUGAAACAAAGCAUAGAGUUCAUGGCAGACUUGCAAAAAACUCGAAAGCAAAAAGAAAGAACGGACACAUCGCAGGGUGGAGAAGACAGCGGCUGCUGGCCUCGUGAGAGUGAAGAUGGUGGAGAGGCCGAAACACAAGCCUUCAGAAGCCCCAAUAAGGACAAUAAAAAGAAAGACAAAGAUACACUUGAAGACAAAUUUAAAAACAGCACUUUAGAAAGAGAGCAGGAACAGAUUGAGCGCAUCGUUAAGGAGUCAGGAGGAAAGCUGACGAGGCGGCUGGCCAACAGUCAGUGUGAAUUUGAAAGAAGGAAACCAGAUGGAACAACUACGUUGGGACUUCUCCAUCCUGUGGAUCCCAUUGUUGGAGAACCAGGCUACUGCCCUGUACGAUUGGGAAUGACAACUGGAAGACUUCAGUCCGGAGUGAAUACCUUGCAGGGCUUCAAAGAAGAUAAAAGGAACAAAGUUACUCCAGUGCUGUACUUGAAUUAUGGACCCUACAGUUCUUACGCUCCACAUUAUGACUCUACAUUUGCAAACAUCAGCAAGGAUGACUCCGACUUAAUCUAUUCAACUUACGGAGAAGACCCUGAGCUCCCAAGCGACUUCAGCAUCCAUGAAUUUUUGGCCACAUGCCAAGAUUAUCCGUACGUGAUGGCAGAUAGUUUACUGGAUGUUUUAACAAAAGGAGGGCAUUCCAGAACCUUACAGGAGUUGGAGACGUCAUCUCCUGAAGAUGAAAGUCAGACCGAGACACUUGACACAGCCAAAGAAGUGGAGCAGAUCACAGAAGUCGAGCCAGCAGGGCGCUUGGACUCCAGCUCUCAGGACAGGCUCACCGCACUGAAAGCAGUAACCAGCUUUGGCGCGCCACUGCAAGUCUUUGACUCGGAAGAGGCUGAAGUGUUCCAGAGGAAACUUGACGAGACCACCAAACUGCUCCGGGAGCUUCAGGAAGCCCAGAACGAACGGCUGAGCACCCGGCCUCCCCCCAACAUGAUCUGUCUGCUGGGUCCCUCAUACAGAGAGAUGCAUCUAGCUGAACAAGUGACCAAUAAUCUUAAAGAACUUGCACAGCAAGUAACUCCAGGUGAUAUUGUAAGCACAUAUGGAGUUCGAAAAGCAAUGGGGAUUUCGAUUCCUGCCCCCAUCGGAGAAGCCAGCUUUGUAGAUUUAACAGCAGAUGUUGAAGACCCUUCAAAGAUGGACAGUGCUGAGUGUGGACCUGCUGGGAUUUGAAGCUAACUGGUAUUUGAUUAUAUAUUAUGUACAUAUUUUUUUCAUUCUGAACUUGGAAAUGCUUUUCAGGAGAUAUUAAAAUAUUUGUAAAUUGUGUUUUUAAUUAAACUUCGGAACAAUUUUAGUGUUCCAGAGGUUGGACUUGUCUUAGGCAAUAAAGCUAAAGCUGGUACU